AUGUUUGGGCGUAUGUUUGAUAUGUGUUGCUCGGGCCCCUCCCCCCACGGUGCUGGCCGGUCAUUUUUUUUUGUUGGCGGACGCCAGCACUGCAGCGGAGAGGUGCCGAUGCGCUGUAUCUCUUUUGUGCGGCUUCAUGGAAGUUACGACCGAAAUAACCGGAAAGGAAACUCCAACUCACCGCCGUCGCGUUGGCCGCAAGACGGUCGUGUCGUGUUUCUCCUAACAUUCGCGUCUCGGUACUAUCGGCGGGGCAGCCGGCGCUCAUGCAUGUAG